AAUCCAAGUAAACAUUCAAGCUAAUCCAUCAAUGGCGGCGCUUUCGCUGUAAACAAACGCGUCUUCCAAGCUUGCGUUCUUGUAUUUCGUCUUUUUAAGCCUGUGAACUUACAUUAUCAGGCGCGAUUUGGUUUCUAUUCUCGUAGCCAUGGCUCACACCACGAUGAACCAGUAUCUGCAGCAGAUCGACGAAGCUUUGCAGCAGGGAAGGGGCAAGAAAGCUGCGGAGCUGCUGUCAUGCAAGCAUGCGCACAGCGCAAGCUCUCGGCUCCAGGUGGAAGACCCCGAGCCAGCAGUACAACGCGUCAUGGACGCCCCGUGGGACGAAGUGGUCUGUCAACACCUAAGGUGCUUGUACCACAUGAACAACUACAGCUUUGUGGAUGCCUACAAAGAGCAAGCUGUCCUGGUUCAGCUUUUCACCAAGAUCUUCCAGUCCCUCAAGGAAGAAAACUGGGCCCUGCCCAUCAUGUACACAGUCUGCCUCGACCUCCGGUUAUUUGCCUCUCAGGCCGACAUGCAGCUGUCGAAAAAGAGCAAAGGCAAACCCGGGGAGACAUUAGAGAAGGCGGCAGAAUUCCUGAUGGGCUGCUUCAGAGUCUGCGCCAGUGACAACCGGUCAUCCUUGGAGAACUCCAAACGGCGUGGCAUGCUCAACUUAGUCAACCAGCUGUUCAAGAUCUACUUCAAGAUCAACAAGCUACACCUGUGCAAGCCCCUGAUCCGGGCCAUUGAGAGCUCAGCACUCAAGGACCACUUCAGCAUAUCCCAGCUGGUCACAUACAGGUACUAUGUAGGACAAAAAGCAAUGUUUGACAGUGACUUUAAGAAUGCUGAGGAGUAUCUGACGUUUGCCUUCUUGCGAUGUGACAAGGACUCUGUGCACAACAAGCGGCUCAUCCUGAUCUAUCUUAUUCCUGUCAAAAUGCUCCUGGGUCACAUGCCAAGCGAAGCCCUGCUGCGCAAGUACGACCUGAUGCAGUUCGCUGAGGUGGUGUCGGCCGUCACGGAGGGCAACCUGACGCGCUUAGACAAAGCGCUGGCAGCCAACGAGGACUUCUUCAUCAAGAGCGGUAUCUAUCUCAUCCUGGAGCGGCUCAAGGUCAUCACAUACCGGAACCUGUUCAAAAAAGUGUAUUUGCUGCUGAAGACACACCAGAUUCCUGUGGAGGCAUUCCUGGUGGCAAUGAAGUUCAUGAAGGUUGAUGAAGUGGACAUGGAUGAGCUGCACUGCAUCAUUGCCAAUCUCAUCUACGAGGGCAAGAUAAAGGGCUACAUCUCGCUGCAGCACCAGAAGCUGGUUGUGAGCAAGCAAAGUGCGUUCCCUCGUUUGUCGACCCUCAGCUAGCAGCAGAGGCAACUGGACAUCAUCUUUUUCCCUCCACACUGCCCCAUGUAAAUAGUACAGAAUAAAGACAUUUCAACAUCA